AUGCCCAAUGGCUGUGACCAGUCGGCUCUAGCUCAGAGAGGAUUUGGAAUUUGGAAUGCCCUGGCUGGAUUUACUGCCCCUGAGGUGUUCCAGCAGAUCCUCGAUGUGGAGAACGAGACGACCUCACUGCAGCGACAAGUAGUGCAGCUUCAGGACGAGCGCAGCUCCCUCGAAGCUUCAGCGCAGCAGCAUGAGCAGCAGGCGCUGGCCUUGAAGGAGAAGCGCGAAGAAAUCCAGCGGCAGAAGGAGCAGUGUGAGCGCUCCCUCGAGAACUUGAGCAAUCUCGAGGCGGAGCACCGUGAAAAGCAACAGGGCCGCGAUGCCUCCGCCCAGCGCCUAGCAGCGGCCCAGGCGGCGGGCGGAGCAGCUGCAGAUGAGCGGGCGUCGCCUGCCACCAACAGCAACUCUGUGAUCCACAUAUCGCCAGGAUCGCCAGGCUCCUCGCCGAAGCGUGUGUUGCCGAGGCAGCCGGCGGUGCCGCCGAUGCCAGAGGCCUCGCCGUCGCCGCGCCCGGAGGUGCCGCCGUCGCCUCCAUGGGCGCCACCCGCAGCCUCAGAGGAGGAAGAGGAGGACAUCGGCUCGGAAACGGCCUUUCCUGACCCUCCGGAGGCGCCACCACCCGAGUCCCCGCUCCAGGGCUCGCGGCCCGUCUCGGCGAAGUCGGCGAAGUCAGCGGGCGAAGCGUCCUACGACGAAGACUUCCAUGACGACGACUUCGAGGAGUCGGAGCCCGAGGAAGCCUGA